AGAAAGGAGAUAGUUACCGUUGGGUAUAUAAAUCCAAAAAUUUAAAUAAAAAUAAAACUCAAUUAAUUUAUUGGUGCAAUUGCCGAAUAGAGCUUGGUAAACUCAAGACUAAAAAUCCAGAUAUUAAUAAACAAAGAGACAAGCCUACAGAUGUUGAAAUAAAUAACACUUUAAUUAAAGUUGAAUAUUUACAUUUAACUUUACAUCUGAGACCAAUACAUAAUCAAACUACAAAAGAGAUACGUGAGUUUAUUCAGCACAAUAUAAAUUAUUCAGUUCCUGAGCUCUGGCGAAGGGUUUAUCAACGUGAUUUUGAUCUUUUAAAAUCUGCAUACUUAUUAUUAAAUGAGUUUAAGCAGGAAAUAAUUAUUAAUUUAACUACUCCAAUUGGUGCUAUUGGUUUCACAACUGCACUUUUUAAUAUACUUCUGC